AUGUCUGCAGCUGUUGAGAUUAUGCAACAGUUACCCAGUUUUGCGCGCCAAUCAUUUCCUUUCGAGAUCCACUUUAAGUCGGCCGUGUCGAGACAAUUGUUAGACUAUCUCUUAGUGCAAGUUCAACAGGGAACCAACUUUAUGAAAAUAUGUCAAGGUUAGCGCAGAAUAUUUUCUUGUAUAUGAAGUUUCUCUUCUAAUCAAAGGUGUGCAAUUUUCGCGUCAGUUUGACCCAAAUGGUGAAAAUUGAAAAUCACUAUUUCAAACGAUGCGCAAUAAAUAUAGCUCGUCAUUUCAACAGAAGAUGCGCAAAUUGUUACAAGUCUGCAAACAAGUUGUACUGAGGUUGUUGUGAAGCCGAUAUCAGGAUGUGUUCGCACUGCUUGUUCCCAGUUGUUGUGACAAGUCUGGAACACGUAAUAUACUCGCUACAAGUUGUUCCAACAAGACUAAUACAGGCCAGGCCUCGAAUUUCCCUGAAAUCAAUCGACGGCAAUGGCGUUAAAAAUUGCCGUAGAACGUAUUAAACAGCUGUCAACGGCAAUUUGGGCAGUUUCCACGGUAUUUUUCAAAUUACUGUAAUAAAAGUUUAAUUUUAUUGUUACUUUGGAUUGUUGACAAGCUAGAAACAUGUCUACGUAUUUCUUUAGUGUUUUUUCUUCGAAGAAAACUGAGACUAAAAUAGUGAUUUACGCAUUAUUAGAGCAACAUCUGAAUUCAAGUAUCAAGUAGUAAUGCAAGUGCACAUGAAUAGUAUAAAAAUUACACUUUUCGGCAAAAAAUUGCCGUCGUUGCCGCAAUGAUCCACGGCAUUUUGUUCUCCCUCUACGGCAGUUGCCGCGAUAAAAUUCGAGCCCUGAUGCAGGCUGUUCGUAACAAGUUGCUACCAGCUUCUCAUCAACUUGUUACGUGCAGAUGAUAUCAGACUUGUUGGAACAACUUGUUGCGAGUCUGUUGGCCUCGUCAACCUCGUUACAAGAUGAUAACAACUUGUUCCAGACUUGUCAACAACUGGGAACAAGCAGUACGAACACAUCUUGUUCACAAGCUGGGAGAGUUUUUGCCUGUAGCGUUGUAUAUCUUUGUUAAAAGAAUUCUAGCAGCGGUUGCUGACAUUUUCCACCACUACUGUUACGAGUUUUACUGUUUCGAGUUAUUCGUAUACGGAAAGAAGUGUUGAAAUUUUGAGACGGUCUCUAAUGUGCCCAUUCUGUGUCUAGGUAUUGGUUCCCUGAAUUUCCGCGAAUACAUCGCCCGUCAUUUCAACCAACCAAACAGGGAAGGCAGUUCGGAGGAUAUCGAGAAUGCAUUUUACCAAAACUUCCUCUAUUCUUAUCCAAGCAACGACAAACUCAUGCAUCUAUUUCUGAGUUAUUACGACAAAACGAAAGACCUCCUCGAACAAGACAUGCGCAGCCAUAUCGGAAAUAUUCUCAUCUGUGAUCAUACGUUUAAACUGGGCAGCCACAUCGGGGAGAGAUCUAGUCGCAAAGAACCGACUGAGGGUCAGUUUGAUCGAGCGUUCAUAGGUCUGAACGAAUAUGGCGAGGUCAUGUUCUUGAGGUUGACACGAGAUGCGGGCUUCGAACAAAUUGAAGAUCUCCUGCAAGAUUUUAGACUCCGUCUUUUAAAUGAAGGUACUGUAUGUGUAAUUAGUUUACGUGUAAUCAUUAUUAAUCCAACCCUCGCAAACGAGAUCAACAUUGACGACCUAAAUCCCGACCUGUUAACAUUUGAAGUAGACAAUAUUUUACCGUCAAUAGUCCCUUGAUAAUCCACCCGUUAAAGACUGCAGCCUGGCAAUCGUAAGCUCGUAAUAAUAAAUAUUUAAAAACAGAGAACGUCUAAAAACGUAUUAAUCUUAAUCUUGGUGUAAUAAAAGCAAGCUAAUGACUGGGCAAAACUAUACAUCACCGCCCCUGAGUUGGUAUUCAGGGCUUGAAAUAACGUUCCCAAAGUUCCCGAUCAUGGUGAUCGGCAGACAUGACUUUCUCUGCUUUUCAGAUUGGAAACGCUACUUUUCCGUCGAUCAUAACCAAUUUCUUGCCGAUCGGUGAUCGGGUGUUUUUUCAAGCCCUGGUAUUCUACAUAAUUAUCCUAAAUACGAUUCUUGUAACUAGGCAUACAACUCGAGCUCAUCUUGGUCGAGGAUUGUUGUGUAGCUCAAGAUCACUUCACGAAUAUCUUUGGCAACGUUCCAGUCAAGCUCAGUCCGUUUCAUGCGACCCAGCGCGUUGUCGAGUCCCUACCGCCCUGGUUUAAAGAUAUCAAGAAGUUUGCGAAAGAUUUCCGCAUGGUGUUUCGCGCCAAGGACGAUCGCAGCGAGGAACGGAUGCAGAACACGCCCGAGGGGAAUACGAUCUGUGAAAACUUGGAGCAGUUCAUGGCAAG